GCGCCGGCAAGAUGGCGGCCGCGGCGGGCACCCUGCGCGGCUUGUGCUGGCUGUGCCGGGUGCUGCUCUUCCUCUCGCAGUUCUACAUUCUGUCUGGCGGGGGGUCCUUAAAUCUAGAACAUUCGCAGCCCCUGGCUCAGUCAAUCAAGGACCCGGGCCCGGCACGUACAUUCACCGUACUUCCCAGGACAGCAGAGAGCACGGAAAUCCCGCCUUACAUGACGAAGUGCCCAAGCAAUGGCCUGUGUAGCAGACUUCCUGCAGACUGCAUGGACUGUGCCACAAAUUUCUCCUGUGUCUAUGGGAAGCCCGCCACAUUUGACUGCACUGUGAAACCAUUUGUUAACUGUGUUGAUCAAGACUUGAAGCCCCAAAAGAACUUCAUCAUCAACAUGACCUGCAGAUUUUGCUGGCAGCUUCCUGAAACAGAUUACGAAUGCUCCAAUUUCACCAACUGCAUGACAGUGGCUUGCCCUCGGCAGCGCCACCUGACCAACUGUACAGUGAGGGACCACAUCCACUGCUUGGGUAAUCGUACUUUUCCCAAGAUGCUGUACUGCAAUUGGACUGGAGGCUAUAAAUGGUCCACUGCCCUGGCUCUAAGCAUCACCCUUGGGGGCUUUGGCGCAGACCGCUUCUACCUGGGCCAGUGGCGUGAAGGCCUAGGCAAGCUCUUCAGUUUCGGCGGCCUGGGAAUCUGGACACUCAUAGACGUCUUGCUGAUCGGAGUGGGCUACGUGGGGCCGGCUGAUGGCUCAUUGUACAUUUAGCAGUGGUUAUGUGCUUCUGAUGGGAGCAGCAGUCAUCCGGCCUGUAGGAAUGGAUGUGGUGUGGUAAUGUAUUAUGUUUUUAAUGUACAGCAUCUGUACUUUGCUUGCCUUGAUGAAGGUAAAAUAAAAUGAAACACUGAACCAA